AUGCUAUCUCUUGCGGAUAAUCUCUUCACUCCAUUCUGGCUCAUUCUUCCAGAGAUUGUUCUCUAUGGGGCCUUCGCUGUGCUACUGUCUCUGGACAUCUACAUUAUUGUGACCAAACAGCGACAUUCUGAAAGUAAUGCUGCAAGGAGUAACAUCAUUGUUCUUGCCGUAGGCGCCCUGAUGUUUGUGAUUGCAACGUUGCACGUCUGCACAUCUCUGUAUCACGCCUACCUUCUCAACUAUAUCAAUGCAGUGGACCUUAUUUGGGAUAGUUUCCUGGACCAGCUAUCGGAGAGCGCUCAAGAAUGCAUAUCUAGGAACUCUUCAAUGCCACAGCCGCCUUAUGACUAUCAGAACCUCCUGACCAAAUCAGCAGUUUCCCAGGAGAUCGAAAUGGUCGCAUUCGUCGUACAGCUCUGGCUGGGUGAUGGGUUUAUGCUGUUUAGGCUCUGGAAAGUCUGGAACAAUGACAAACGGGUGGUCUUACCUGUCUCCGCUGGCUUCCUCGCAAAUAUAGCUAUGGGAAUUGUCUUGUUGUACAUUGACAGAAUUAACAUCAUAUUUGAGAGCGCCGACCCAAUCUACCCAGGUGAAGACAAGUUGAUCAGGUUUAUGGGCAAUAUGACAGCACCUACGAGUCUGUCUGUUUUUGCCGUUAGCUUCGUAGUUCACCUCAGCUGUACAGUGCUCAUUGCUGCGAGGAUAUUUUAUCUUUAUCGUCACAUACGCCGACACCUACACGGCAGCCGUCGCACCAGUCCCAUGGCCGUUGCAAUCACUCUCCUUGAGUCUGGGGCAAUAUACUCGAUUUCGAUGUUUUGUCUUCUUGUUACCUAUAGUGCAGAGUCAUACACCUACAUGGAAUGGUUUUACUACUCAAUUGUCAUGAAUGCGAUCGUGCCCAUAAUAGGGAUCGCUUUCUCGUUGAUCGUCAUUCGAAUGGGCCUGGGUAUAACUACGGAGAUGCACUUCCAGACGCAGGAUACCACUUCCAGGGAGCCUAUCGCGAGAAGCGCAGGACCCAACCCGAUCCGCACAAACUCGAUUAUGAUGUUUGCACAGGGCUCGUCGGCGAACACUGAAGAUCCUGAAUUAAAGACCUCCUUUUAAAUAUGAAUGAUAGGGUAAGAGGAUGGGCACGGAAUUGGGAGUCGAUAGGAAACGACGCCCGCACGGGUUUAUUUAUAUUCAAUAUCUUGGCCGGAGCAUAUUUUCAUGUACGCAAGUGAUACCCUUGAUGAUGAUAGAUGGUAAACAGAGAGACAGUAACGUCUCAAAA